ACGCGCUAGAACUGGCAGGGGUUUAGACCCGACGCAGCUCUCAGCCCCAAGAAUGUAAUGAAAUCCGCAUCACAGCCAUUUCAUCAUCCCGGCCAAGGCAGGAAAGUCUCCAGAAGCGAUGGGCUCUGGCGGGGAUCCUGACAGAAUUUUCGAUCGAGCGGCCGUCUUGGAUAUUGUGGCAGCCGCUCUUGAUCAGAUUGAUCGCGAUGUCACCAUCGACAGGGAAAACAGAGACAAGCAGCAAGACGCGCUGCAACGUGAGGUCCAAAGGCUUACGGCUCAAGUCGAGAGCCUCCAGCGCGAGCAGACUCGCUUGAAGGAGCAGCUUGCUUGCGCCCAAGCAGCCCCGCAAACCAACGACGCGGCCGAUGUCGUAGCCAAAAGAGGUCGGCCAGACGGCCACCGAGAUGCCCGCCAACCGCUUGGGGAGAUGUCCUCGAAUGCUACGACUCCACGCCACCAUCCGCUAGAGAAAUCAAAGUCUCACCAUAGGUUGAGGGCAGAGAGGUCCACAACUCCCGGCCGCACGAUGUCGCAAAUCGUUGAAAUGCUGGGUGAGGCGAAAAGGAGAGAGAGGGGGUGGAUGGAGUACGCAGUGUAUCUCGAAGAAAAGAUGGGUUCCAGGGCUGGGAGCGGUGUCAUCAUCUGUCGAGGCCGACCAAAAUUUGACGCUCCCCCCGGCGCCGGCAGAAUAUCAUCCGAGCCAAGAUCACCUACACGUGGUCUGCGGACGGGCGAGUCCCCGUCUGAGCCAUCUCCAGCCCCUGAGAAGGGAGAUGACAGCUCAGAACAAAACGCUACAGAGUACGAGACAGACGGCGCUAAGCCCGUCGAACUGCCACCUUAUCCCAAACGCGGUGCAGCCGCAACAACCCGACAACAUGCUGUUGUCAAGCAUGAGCCAUCGUCGGACGGCCCGGUGUUCGUUUCGGUGCGAUCUGUUAAGAAACGGAGGCUACCAGACGGCAUGGCUGGCUCGACUCCUGUCCGCAGACUGAAGGCCGAGGAAACUAGUUCUGAUCCCGUUAUGGGUGAGGUUGGCCACCGCUCACCCCAAGAGAGCAUAGACCUUGACGAGAGCUUCAGGCCCGAGAUGCCUACACCCAAGAAGCUCAGACUACUACCGCCUGCUCAGGACGGUACCGUGGCAAACGACGCGGACGAGAUCCACAGUGAUGGCUUUUCUCCCUCGCAAGGCGUUCCUUUCGGGUUCAAGCCUCUUGACAACCUCCUCGACGCCCCGUCAUCCAACAGGAAAAGGCAAAAGCCACUCAUUCCUCCGCAACAGGCUCGCUACGAUGAUGAAGGCGCAGGCGGAUAUCACGACCAAGAGCAUGACAACAGCACAAGCCGUCAGCUGCCCCCUACCAGAGCCCCCAAGCCCGAUAUGUCAGAUAUGACCACCCCUAAAGCACCUCGUCCACAACAGGCGCAGACGCCAACCGGAGUGCUCAUGGGCGAAGCAGCCACAUCAAGGCCAGCUCUGGGGCUACGACGGCCUGAGAGGUCUAACGGGGGUCGGGGACCUAUCCGCGAUAUCGCUUUGAACGAUUUGAGGCUGGAUGAUUUCAGGCCCAAUCCCAAGGCGACCGACGGUGUCUUCCACGCCUACAACGAUGUAGUCCGGGGAAAAGCCGAGAGGGCAAGCCUCGCUGGCUGCACCGACCGCAACUGCCCCGGAGGGAAGGACUGGAGGGGUAUGGCGGAGUCGGAACUGAAACGUGCGGGGCCAUCCCUGGUCAGCAAGGCCGACAGUAUGAAGCUGAUGGAGCAAUUCCUGGGCGACGACUGCUACAGGUUCGGGUCGAUGUCACGCCCCGAGAGGGAAGCGGUCUGGAUCGACGCCAGGACGUGGGAAAUGUCGAACAAAUAUGGCCGAUGCCGACACCGAUUCCCACGGCCCCCGACCCCAGAACAGUACUGGAACACGGACUUCCCGAGCACCCAGGACCGAGCAAGGGACAAGGCCGAGGGCGAGAGGACUGAGCGCCUUAUAAUCGAACAGAGGUACAGAGAAGCUAUGAGGAAGGACGGCAGGUGGUUGUUUAGAGACGAGUAGCGUGCCCAGGGCUGUAAUGGGGCAAGACGUAUGUAUAUAGUACCAAGACAGUGAAUAGUAUCCAGUCUCAAAGUAGACAACCUUUGAUUUCUGUCAG